AUGGCGGCAGCUCUGUGGGGCUGUCUGGCUCUUGCACUCAGCCGCCACCGGCUCCUACAGGGUCUUCUGCAAGGGGCUGACCCAAAUGCUCGUCUUAGACCUGGCCUGGUAGUUGCGCAUCAACUUCCCCUAUGGCUUCAUCACAGCUUCCGUGACGCUCAAAGUCCACAUGCAGAGUGUUUUGCUGGGGUGUCCUGUGGCACUGGAGAAGCUCAGGUGAGGCACUGGCUGGGAGGAGGGCCCACAGCCACUGAGAGCCACAGAGGACAGAGCCACAAAGGAGAGCCUGGGGAGUCAGGACUACCAUCCUCUCAGAAAUGGUCAGAAGUGGGAAUUUGUGAGGAUGAACCACCAAGUGCUUUUCUGGAAAGGCUAGACUCUGAAUUGGAACUGUCUUGCCUGCAUUCCAUCCUGUCUACACUGCCAGCACAUCCCCAAAUAUUCUUGAAUGACGAGACAAAAUGUGUUUUCCCUAGCCAUUCAAAGCUCAUGUUUUCAGAGCAAACACUAGAAUACAAGAAAAUGCUUCAUGUGAAAAAAAGUACCUCAAAUCUGCAGGUAACACUGGCAUUACUGGCUCUACAAGCUUUUGAAUUUGCAAAUCUGUUAUGUCAUAAUUAA